ACAAAUCUACUUCAGAACCAACUAGAUCAGCUGAAACUUGUUAAGCCUGUACCUCUGGGGCCCUCAUCUGCUCACUUAGAGACAGCCGGUAACAGCGUAUCUGUUGGGGCUCCCGUUGGCGAGUCGCUUCAUCUGACCCAACUUGAAACUCGACUUAGACAGGCCCUUGAAGAGCGUGAUAUGGCCCGUGCUGAACUGGUUUUAGCGGAAUCUCAAAGGCACUUUAUCUCCCAACAGGUAGAAGCUAUAUUUUUGGGGUCACAUUAA